AUGCCACUCCGUCCACCCGCUUCCCCGCUCUCGUUGGAAACAAUCUCGCCUUCCCCGCCAGACCUCGACUCCGAUCCCCUUAUCGCUUCCGACGAUGAUCUAGAUGACGAUGACCGGGCGGCUCGGGAUCAGCGCAUAGAGAAGCUGGCUCAGGCCUAUUGCCAUGGCACCCCACUUUUCAUCUUGUCCGCUUCGCUUCGCGGACCCUUCGAAAACGGAUGGGCCAACCCCUGGAAGAAAGACAGGCGAACGACUGGUGGUGGUCAUGUAGGGAUACACUCGGAGCACUCAGAAAGACCAAUUAUCCCAGAGACGAUCCCGCAGAAGCGGCCCCUAUACCGUGAAUCGUUAGGCAUAUCUCGCUCGAAGUCUGCUGUUCCUCUGUCCGACCCAACAUAUUCCUCGAAGAAAAGAGAGUCUCAAGGUGGCACGGCGGGGGAACCCUCAUCCAAACGGCCACGAGAUAGUCGUGGUCGGACAUCAAGCUCGAACAAUACACCAAAACCCAUUGCACUGCACAAGAGGACAAUCGAGACAAGUGGACAUUCGGAUGCGUUGACCCCAUUCCAGCAUACAGAGCAGAGCUGGUUGAAGAGGGACCGCGCAGAAAUCAACUUUCGAAAAGUUGAUCCCCCUACAUCUCCAACAACUACAGUAUCGUCUCGACAUCGGGAGGGAGGCCAUUACACAAUACAAGUUCCGGGCACAGAUUAUCGAGUCACAACGAAGAAUAUAUUGAGAGCACGUACAGACUCCCGAGACGGGACUACCUUUGACAGCCAUGUUCCGGACAGUGUCAAAGCUCAACUCACCAGCAGACACCCUGGAGUUCGACCGGAGACGGAGGACCAUGAGAACUCAAUAUGUGUACUUUCGUCAACGUCCCACCUAUCGAAAUUCGAAUUUCGUCGUAGGAAACGCUCAGCUGAUCCGGAACACGGCACCACAUCGCCAGUCCCGAUGCAGCUGGAGAAUGAACAGGUCUCUCAUCAAACAACUGUUGUCGAAGACAGCCGGGUCUCGAGUCAACCCGCACCAGUACCUCCAAACACAACUUCAAUGCAGGCCAUUGAAGUCGAUAUGCAGGUGAACGAGGAUAAUUCGCAUCAUCCAAAUGUAUCCGAACGUUCUGGUACUGUUGAUCACCAGGGAAACUCUCAAUCACGGAAGGUAUCAUCAACCACCACUGCUGAAGGUGUCAAUAUCAGCGAUAAAUACCCUUCCGCCCAGCGAGUGUCGGUAAAUCCAGCUCUGGCUGAAAAUGUUACCUCACUGCAGACGAUCUCCGCAGUGAAACCCAAUUCAGAAUGCGACAACGACACCAUUCCAGAUUUGCAUUUCAACACGCAGGCAGCGCUAUUACACGCGCAGAAAUCCUUCCAAAAUGAUCUGGAGAGUCAAGUUCCCAACCCAGGAGAAACUCAUAAUCAACCUUCAUCACCCGCCAACGACAUUACCCCUUUCCAUCGAAUGAACACUAGCAGAAUCGGUAAAUACUCCCGAGCCAUCCAUCCAGGAACUGCGCAUAUGCCAAUGAGCACACAAUGCAUCAUCGACGCCGUCACGCCCUUCACCUUCAGCACAGAAAAGAAAGCCAGGUCCCGAUUCAUAUCUCCCCAGAUGCCAUCGUCCAGUAGGAUAGACCGAGGGACUGCCACCCCCAACACAGGCUCGCCAUUGUCCUCGGAAUCGGAAGACGAGGAUGAAGACGAAGACCCAACCAUCCUCCCGCACAAAUCCCCUGCCGCCCAACAACAAACCCCAGACGACACCCAAGAAGGCAGCGCAUUGCCGAUGGCUCUAUCACAUUCUCAUCCGACCACCGUCCAAGACGGACAAGGUGUCGCCCCGGGUCCGGACAGCUUCAAUCUAAGUCAAGCAAUUGCCGACGCAGGGAGCUGGUUACAGCAAAGCUUCGACAUCAAUCAUGAAAUCCAGCAGUGCAGGAGCAGCGCUAAGUCAAGACCGUCGUCUUCGGCGGGGAUCAGUCGCUCUGCGUCUGGAACUAUACUGGGUCAUUCCACUUUGGACAGUGUGUUAUUGUGCUAG